AUGGUGGACAGUGGACAUAUGGAACUCACGAGCUUUAUACUGGAUGCGGUUAUUCGCCAGUCCGGCACCGGUAAUGCAGACAUUCGUUGCUUUUUUGACUUAGUUAAACUGAUCAACAAAGGAAAUCACUCGAGUGGAUUUGAGAGAUAUACAGCCGAAGCAAAGGCGCCCCAUAUAAUCGGGUUGCAGCUACACCAUAUGACCAGAUCACAACUCAUCGCUGGGCAUCCGCUUCCCGUCGAUCAAGCUUUGAAGGAAAAGGCACAUAAAAUGAAAGCUUCAAUUCAGCAACUUUUGCGUGGGAUAACCCUAGCAUCCUUAACCAAAUCCCCAAAUGAGGUCCCUCUUUGCCACUGCCUCGCCUGCCGCGCAACGAGCGGAGUCCUUUGUACCUCUUACUACUCUUUGCUGACACCGGAGCCAACGCUACCGCCCCAUUCAAAACUCCACUACUCCAAUGAGUUACUAUUCUCCAAUCCGUAUCUACGGGAGUAUGUUCAGUCCACUCGACUCAGCCGGUGGUUCUGCGGUAUCUGUGGAGGUCAUGUGCUGGCACAACUGAAGCCAGAAAACAGGUAUUUGAUUGCUGCGGGGCUUGUUGUCCCCGCUGCACUGCCUGUUGUUUCUGAUGCAGGAUGUGUUGCGGUGCAUUGGGGUGUCGAGGGAACUCGGGAUGGUGGUCUUAGUGUUUUCAUGCCAGGCUCGGUAAACGACAAGGGUACGGGAUGUCUUGUUGAGUCUGUCAGUACUGCAAGCACUUCUAUACCGCCAUCAACAUUGCGUGACCAUAAUGUAGGGAGCCAAGGGAAAGGAAAUGCUGGUAAGGACCAUCUGAAAGCUGAAUGCCACUGUGGAGGUAUAAGCUUCACAGUCACACGUCCCAAUGAUCAGUCCAAAGAACCCUGGUCUCCUUGGCCGGAUAUGAUCGUUCCUUAUCAUUCUGGAUCCCCAAAGAAUACCGAGGACGUGAAAUGGUGGCUUCGUGCCAACGAAACCAAAUACUUCGCUGGUACUUGCGCGUGUAAUUCAUGUCGACUUACCAGUGGAUUCCCGAUUCAAGUAUGGGCAUUCAUACCCAAGGCCAACCUAUUCAUCAAUCAAGUCGAUACAUUCACAUACGAAACAGGGACAAUGAAACGAUUUGAAAGCAGCCCCGGCGUCUAUAGAGAAUUUUGUAGUACUUGCGGGGCCACGGCGUUUUGGCAUUGUGAUGAGAGACCAGGUGUAGUUGAUGUAAGCGUUGGAUUAUUGAGAUCCAUUGCUGGUGCAAGGGCUGGGGAUUGGUUGGAAUGGGCGACUGGAAGAGUGAGUUUCGCGGAGGAUGCGCAGGUUAAGGAUAAGGGGCUGAUUGAAUUACUUGAGAGGGGACUGAAGAGUUUUACUGAUGCGCAAAAUGAGUAG